CUACGUUUUUUAUUGGAUUGUGAUGUUCACAGACAAUAUGAUAGAAUUUUAGCUAGGAAUUUGACUUUCUGAAGAAAAAGCCAAUCUGGGCUCUUUACUUCUUUGAUGGGUUGCCACAAUUAUUUUUUAUUUAUUUAUGAUUCAUUUUGUCUCCCCUGUUUUCAUCAUGCCUCUUAUACUGAUGCUUUGAUUUACUUUUCUUAUAAUCUGUUAGUUUUAGCAGCAUAAUUAUUUAAGUUUGAUAAUUGCAUUCCAUUUUAUUAUUUAUUCUUUUGAUUCAAAUGGUAUUGUUUGAAUGUGGCUUCUGUGUGAAUGGAAUAUUUUCAUUCAAUUUUAGUUGUUGUGGUUAUCAUUGGGUAAGCUUAAAUGUUAAUUGAUUCUUAUUCUUGUUUGACUUAUUUCAAUAAUUUUUGAAAUUUGUUAUUGGACUCCGAUGCACUUGCUAUAUUUUCUCUUGGUUUAUCAUUUUGGGCCUUUGUGAUUGCAGAAAAUAAUUCAGUUUCAUGAUACAAAGUAAUCAAGAAGUCUUUUCUGGGAAAGAAAAAAAAAAUCUCCCUGAGGGAACAUAAUGGGACGAAACUGACAGAAGAUUCACUUCACUCAUAUGCUUUCUAUUUCUUCUGUCUUACUGCAAGCAUUUAUUAUCAGAGAAAAAAGUGAAGAACCUUCUAAUUUGUAAUCCAGUCUCUCUUUUCCAACUGCUUAAGCACUCCGAUGCCUAGUGGUAAAACUCAGUCAUUCAGAGUUUUUGUGGCCACAUGGAAUGUGGGAGGAAAAUCCCCUCACAAUGGACUCAAUUUGGAUGAGUUUCUUCAGAUCCAGAAUCCAUCAGAUAUAUACGUUUUAGGUUUUCAGGAAAUUGUGCCAUUAAAUGCUGGAAAUGUGCUUGUUGUAGAAGACAAUGAACCUGCUGCAAGAUGGCUAGCUUUAAUUGAUGAAUCACUAAAUAGAUCAUGUAGCAUGGCUUUGAGAGGAUCAAAAUCCUUGGCCCCCCUUGGCAGCUCACUUCUGUUCCAAAAGCCUUCUCUUAAAAGAAUCUGUAAGAACUUGAGGACUGAGAGCGGAAGGAGGAUGAAGACUUGCAAUUGCAGUCAUGUAUUGGAAAGGAAGUAUAGCAAGGAUUUCUGUUUGUGGUGCCAACCGACAAAUUUAAGCGAGGAUGAAUUUUCCAUAGAGAUUGAAGAUGAUGGAAUUGACAACUAUGUAUCUUCAGAAAUUUCCACUCCCAUUACCGUCAACCAGCUGAAGUACAGCCUUGUAGUGGGUAAACAAAUGGUUGGAAUUUUUGUUACUGUUUGGGUAAGAAAGGAGCUUGCUAAAUAUGUUAGCCACUUACGGAUCUGUUGCACUGGUCGUGGUAUCAUGGGCUGCCUUGGAAACAAGGGAUGUAUAUCUGUUAGCAUGUCUCUCCAUCAGACAAGCUUCUGCUUUGUGUGCAGUCACUUGGCAUCAGGAGAGAAAGAGGGAGAUGAACUCCGGAGAAAUUCGGAUGUGAUAGAGAUACUUAAAAAUACACAAUUUCAGAGGAUCUGCAGAUCACCUUAUAGUCGGGUGCCUGAGAAAAUUAUUGAACAUGACCGUGUCAUUUGGUUAGGGGACUUGAAUUACAGAAUAUCUUUGGGCUACUCUGAAACCCGAAAGCUUCUGGAGCGUAAUGACUGGAAUGCACUAUUUGGCAAAGAUCAGCUUAAAAUUGAGAGAGAAGCUGGGCGUGUUUUCAAGGAUUGGAAAGAGGGGAAAAUCUACUUUGCACCUACUUAUAAAUACUCCUACAACUCAGACAGUUAUGCUGGGGAGACCACAGAAUCUAAAAACAAAAGAAGAACUCCAGCUUGGUGUGAUAGGAUACUGUGGCAUGGGAGUGGGAUACGACAACUUUCAUAUGUACGGCGGGAAUCUCAGUUUUCUGACCACCGGCCUGUUUGUGCAACAUUUUUGGUGGAUGUAUAUGUUACUGAAGAUGGAUCAAAGAAUGGAUCAUCAAGCUUUAAAAUGAAAGUUGCAAAUGAAGAGCACUUACAUAUAACUAGAAAUAAAUACAAGUGACAUUAGAUUCAUUGGCAGAGUUUCAUGAUUACUUUGGUUACAUAGGAUAUGGUAAGUUACAAGAAGGAUUUUGGUUAAUACGGUGGUAAAUCUGUGGAUCAGGUACCAUGAUCAGAAGCUGUUUGCCCUUUACUAUUAAUAUAAUGGUAAAUCUGUGGAUCAAUUAUUAGAAGCUUAUUUUGCCAAUAAUUUAUUGCACUCAUCUUCUGACAUGUGCUAAAUGGAGAUCAACUCAGGUGUUCUCCUCACUUAUUUUACCAAAUAAAGUUUGCGGGAAGCUAAUGGCUGGUCAAGUCAAUUGUACUAUAUGACAAUAUGAAGGUAUGUCAAGAAACGACGAUAUUUCGUGGGAUUUUAAUUGUUCCCAAGAGAGUCUUAGAUGUCUUUGAACGUUGCCUGAUUUUGUUUCUGUAAGUCAAGUUUCUUAAUAAACCUCAAACAACUAUAUGAGAUCAAAUAGAGCCAAAUUUUGCACGCAUAUGAGUAUGCAACUUUUAUGGUAACAAUUGUAGGUUUAGGCUGAACCAAACAAGCUCCCAAAUUAGAAGAGUGGUGUCGGGGAAAGAAGAAGAGUGGUGGUCGUGGAGAUCAAAGGAGUUUGUCAUGCAGUUUGCUUCUUGUGUAUUGUAGUUUAUAAUGAGUAUUGUUAGGUAGAUAAGACAUAUUCUCUUUCCGAGUCAGAUUGAAUAUAUAUAGACUCAAUUACAUCUAUUGGAUUAUAACGUUGAUGCUUAUAAUGAAUUGAAUAUUCCCUCUUAA